GCCUCCAUCCCCUCUUUUCAAAGCCUCUUUUCGAUUCGCCUUUGCCAGCGCCUGUUUCGUCUGCUCUGCAAUUAUUCUCGCGUUUAAUUUUCUUCAUCCAGCUAAGUAUUCUUAGUUUCUUGUUCUUUUCUUUUCCUUCUCCCUUUCGAGUCUCCACUUUUUUUUGUCUCAUUUUCUUUUCUUUUAUCUUAGAUCUGGUUUAGAACUAGGGCUUUUUUUUUCUUGACUUGCUUGUUUGUUAUUUUUCGACUAUAUUGUUCAUGUCUGAUCUGCGAAUGCGGAGUUGAGUCUUUAUUAUAGAACUAUUUCAAUGAUUUUAGAUUUUCUAUGAGCUACGCCAUCCUCAUGCGUCGAAUUCGUAUUCUUCACUCGUUUUCAGUUGUUUUCCUUUACUGGUUCUACGUUUUCUCAUGAAUCAGCUCCCCUCGUUGUUCAUCAAUCCCUUCAUCUAGAUCUAACCCCUAGUUAAGUUCUCUGACUAUUGAAGAAAUUUGAAUUCCUUAAUUAUCAUUCAAUUUAUCAGUUCAUAUUAAAUAUUCUUCCGGAUAAAAAAAAAAAGAACAACACUUCCCUUGCUAUGGCUUCUUUGCAAAGGUCAGCGAGUUCAUCCGAUUCGGAUCCGCAGUACGCAAACAUCGAUGAGAGGAAAAGGAAGAGAAUGCUAUCAAACCGUGAAUCGGCAAGGCGAUCAAGAAUGAGGAAGCAGAAGCGGCUCCAAGAUUUGGUUCAGGAAGUGAACGCAUUACAGAAAGAUAACAGUCAGAUCUCUGAAAAGAUCGGCGUCGCCACCCAAUACUACAUCGAGAUGCAAUCGGCCAAUAAUGUUUUAAGAGCUCAGGCGAUGGAAUUGACCGAGAGAUUACGGUCUCUGAAUUCGGUGCUGCAAGUUGUGGAAGAAGCCGACGGGUAUGCCAUUGAUAUCCCCGAGAUUCCGGAGCCGUGGCAGCUCCCCUGUUCGAUACAGCCAAUUAUGGCUUUGGUUGAUAUGUUCGAGUAUGAUGGAUAGACUCUUCUUCCUUGUGUUGGCUAACGGGUGAUGCUGCCCCAUAAUACUUGCCAAAAUCCUAUUUCCACUUUUCACAUGAAAAGAAAAAAAAGCAAAUAAUCAUUUUUACUGUUAGUUAAAAAAGAACAUACCUCUUUUGUGAACUGCACUAAAAGUGGUGAAAAAUUAAUGGGUUAGUCUAGCUAAUGAAGGAGUGAGGGCUAAACGAGUGGUAGUUGAGGCAGAUUCUGUAUGUUGCUUCAUGAAAUGGUGGAUUGGUCACACUAGUAGCAUUGUUUUGAAUUAUCAAAUCCAAUCCUUUAGGGGAAAGCUUGAGUGGCAAAACAAGAAGAUGAUAAAGUCUUUCUCCUUCUGUAAA